UACCUCCGUCAUCAUCAUCCAAUCUCAAGUUUGCAUAACGUUCAAGAAUCUCAUCCGUCAUUGUAAAAAAAGAGACGCGCAAAUUAUCAAAAAUCGACUCAUCGACAACAAAACCCUACUUUCUAGAGAAAAAAUCCUUUCUUUUGAUGGAGUCUAAGGUGUUUUGCUUUAAUUUGCCUUGUAUAAGUUGAAAGCGAGGGAUAGCUAAGUGGUUACGCGGACGGUAAUUAAAUUACCUAGGUCUAAAAUAGUCUCUAUGAAUGAGAAAACUAUUUCCUCUUGUCAACUACUACUCCCGCCCUGCAUUUUUGUUAUUCUCAGUCUCCGCCGCCGGCGCCACCGUAAGCCUCUAUCGCCGCCGACUUUUCGACUCGUCUUUCAGCCGUCACUACUUCAAUUUAUCGACAAUACUUUCUCUCUCCUAAAACAGCCCUAAAACCUGAUUAAACCCUCAAUAACAACAAUUAAAGUAGUAAAUUUGUAGUUAAGGUAGCAUGGGUCGCUCAAAAACACCUUCCAAGAAACCGCAACCUCGUGGUAUUGAUUUCAAGAAAUUUAAGAAGAAAUUGGGCAGGAAGUUGCCGCCGGCUCAUAAUGUUACCAAUACUGAAAUUAAAACCAAAGCUAUAAUUCUUCCGGAGCAAAGUGUGGCAUUGGAUAAAGAGGGUGUUGCUGUGAGCAAGAAAGGCCUGACAUUAAAGGAGCUGUUGCAACAAACAUCUCAUCAUAAUGUCAAAGUUCGUAGAGAUGCGUUGGUAGGUAUCAAGGACUUAUUGCUUAAAUUCCCAGCGGAGCUGAAAUUGCACAAGAAUGCUGUUAUUGAGAAAUUGCGUGAACGUAUCAGUGAUGACGAUAAAGUAGUUCGUGAAACUCUAUUUCAACUAUUUAAGUCUACUAUCCUUCCAGGAUGCAAGGAGGACAUAAAGGGGGCUCCUAUAUCUCUUAUUAUGGCGUAUUUAUUUAAAGCAAUGACAAAUUUAGCAAUUGAUGUUCGCUUUAUGGCUUUCAAAUUCUUUGAUCUUGUGGUUCAGACUCAUCCUCCAGCCUUUUCCACGUAUGCUGAAAAGGCUCUGGAAAAUUAUACAGAUCUACUACAGAAGAACCAAUUUCUUUCGGAGGAGAAAAGCAAACUCAAGUUUGUUCUUUCUUCCCUGGUGCGCUGCUUGUCGAUGUUGCCAUCAAAUGGAAAAGAAUUUCAUUCUUCUGGACAGACAAAUGCUGAAAAAGAAGUGCUGCAUGCUUUUGAGAGAGACGUGCCUAAUGAUUCUACUGGCCAUAUUUUGAUCGUUGGCAAAUUGAAGGAUCUUGUUCCAGUUCUUGUCAACUGCUUCUAUGGCUUAAUGUCAGAAGCCUACUCUCAACCUCAACUUGAUUCACAUUCUUUUGACUGCAUGCAAUCUAUACUUCAUAGCAUAGAUCUAAUUGUCCGGUACAAGGUGUAUGGAAUCAGCAAGUAUCAACAAGAUCUACGUACUUCUAUGUCCUCUAUUUCAAGCACAGAGAUCCAUGCACAGGAUGAAAAGUUCCCUUUACUUCUGUUGGAUAAGUUGUUUGCUGUUUUCCCCAUGCAACCAACUCGUGCUCUUUCUGAGGAGGAUGAUCACUAUGAUCGCAGAUAUUACAUAUUAAAUGCUGUAAUAUCCCGAAUAUUCUUUACUUUCAACCAAUACAUCUCCCCGCUUCCUGUUUUGUGCGAAAGGUUCUUGAGCUUCUUAAAAGACUGGCUUUUUGAGUUGUAUAGAAGUAACGUUUCUGAUAAAGCAUUUUAUGACAAGCAACUGCCUUCUCUGGUUCCUUUUAUUCCAUACCUUGUAUCAACUGUAGAUGACCAAGAUCAUCACCUUCUAAAGGUUGUGUUGCAAAUAAAAGAAAACAGAGGAAGUACAUCAUUACCUUCUGGAUGUAUUGGAAUUUUCAGUGGUCUGCAGAAUCGUCGAGAUUGUGAUUCCAAUGCUUUUACUACAGCAUUUGGGAAUUGCAGUCCUGAAUCAUCAUUAAAAAUGGCUUGCCUGGAAGCUGUUGAAGAGAUGCUUGUUCUUAAACAAGAAAUCCUAUUUUCAGAUGCCGGUGAUAAAGAAAUACUGGACUGUCAGAAGACUUGGAUACACGAGAUUGGGCUGCUUCUGAAUUCAAUUAGCAAUAAAAAGCCAUCAAGCUUCCAUGCAGUGUUGCAUCUUUUGCUUCGCCUAGGACAAAUUGGACUAUCAAACAGCGAUCUUGCAGUGGAAUAUGACAAACUACAGGAUGAAUUGCAAAAGUAUUACUGCAUAAAAUCAGAGAAUGGUCAUAUAUGUUACGGCCCUUUUAUGGAACUUUCCAAAGAAUCUCAAGAACUUUCCAUUUGCUGUCUCUAUUACUUUUCUUGUCUGAAAGGACAAUUACUUGCCUCGCUGGCAUUAUGCUGCUUAUCUCAUUCCUUGGAGCCCUCUGUCUUAUUUCGGAUCAUAGAAGUCCUACAUUCAUCUUAUAACGCUGGUCACAUCCAUGUUGUUGACUACAUCAGUUUCUUGGUCACUUUACUUUCACAAUAUGAAAUAUCUGAGAAAACCUGUAGCACAAUAUUGAAGGAGGCUAAUCUAGCAACUUUUAGAUCUGUCGCUGGACGUGUCUGCUGUUUCCUAAGUCAGAUGGGAGAUCCAUCACUGCUUUUUCAGAUAUUAGAGGAUGUUGUUCUUGACCAUAUAUCACAGAAAUUACCUAUUCAUAACACUUGUGCAUUGAUGGGAAUGCUUAUAACUGUGGACUCCAGACCGACAAGACUUUCAGAGGAAAGCAUCAUUAAACUUGGUGAUAUUAUGUUGAGUUACAUGAUUGAUGUUGCACUUUUGUUUCCGGUACCCGAGGAGGAGCAAAAGGCAUCCAGUAACUUCUAUGCAUGGCACGAUUAUCUCCUUCCUUGCUUUUUCCUGCUGGAUAGAAGCUCCACAUUUUGUAAACUUCUACUAGAUAAAAUGGUGUCUUUGGUUGGUGAAUCUGGCGAAUUACUUUUCUUGAGAGACACUCAGCUUACACGAGAUCAUCCUAGAAAAAUAAGAGCUCUUGUUUCCAUUUUUAUAAUGAUGUCCAUGGAUAGCAAAAUGCGAACAGUUCUUUCUACAUGCCAGACAGAAAUUGAUAACAUUUUUCAGAGCAUACUCUUACUACAGCAGUCCACCAUUAUGAGCAGCAUGAACAUUGAACAGCAGCAUCAGGUACAAAGUCUUGUAGAGAGGUUGAAGAAAAAAAUUAGUGAGAUGUUCAGCAUGACAUCCUGAUAUCAAAUGCACUUUCAAGUCAAGUAGUACAACAUACUUGAUCUUCUAUCCCGGUGUUAUGUGGGAUUAUCAUCGUGAAAAUGGCAGAUAAAUCACCAAAAUUCGAUUAUUUAUUUCUCCAGGCUACCAGAGUUGUCGAAGCUGCAAUUCAGAUGACGGGAGCAAUGUUGGGGCUAGUCGUCACUCACACAAUUUUGUUAGGUAUAUGCUAAACUUGUCUCUAUAGUUUAGACUUGGGUUGUUUAUGUACAUUGUGGAGCAUACAUGUCUUCUUAUAUGCAGAUGAUUCUUUCAAUAAUUUUAGUUCUGUAAACUUUCCUGUAAUAUGAUUGAGCCCUUCUGAAAUUCUUACCCGGUAAAUACGAAGCUGAUUUCUGCUUA